UUUCUGUGCAUAUCUUAUUUCAAUUUUCCCACUUCAUUAACCCAGUCUUUCAAUCAUACGUGUGCUCGUAUUCGACUGAAAACGUUUAACAAAACCUCUGCUUCAACAACGAAGGGUACUAACCGGUCUCGGAAAGAGGCUGGUCGGGAACAUCCAACCAUGUACAACAGUGUAUCUCCUUUCUCGUCACAUGAUGGAUGUGUUAAACCGAAGCAGUAGGUUACAUUGAGAGGAAGUCGAAGAGUCGUGGGAUGCAAAUGUCUAUGAUUGCUAUAUAUAAUGCUAAUUAGUUAGAUCGGAUCAGUAUCAGCCAAAGAUUCGUAGAUGCAACUUUGCUUAAAAUUCAAAUUUUGGCGAAUAUCUCUGCAAUUACGAACGAAGUCGUUUACUGGUACUAUAAUGACUAAUUAUCACAGAGUUUGCUGAAAUUGCUCUACGUUUUAAUUACGUUUUUGAUCUAUUGUGAUAGUUAAUUUCAUUAUGAGCACCGUUCGCCGGGUUCGCCAUUGCCUUUACAAACAUUACAACGCGAAGAAUCAAGUCUCUGUGCAGGAUUAUCUAAGCCAUGGACCGGUACCCCCACCGACCUAAAUGUACUACAUAUAAAUGGUCCGGACACCUCGUAACUAUCGUCAGAGAGCUUGUGGACUUAAUCUUGUCGUCUCGUCUGCAUAAACAAGGCGUGGUGCUCACGUACCUUCAUUCAUCUAUUUCUUCAUCUUGUGAAUAUAAUUAUGGAAAUAAAAGUUCAUCGAAAAAAUUCCUGUAUAAGUUCGGGAUAGAGAGGAUCGUUGCGUCGACGAUCUUUGUUUUUUUGGAUUUUCAUUCGCAGAAUCAUGAAGUGUAUACGAGAUGGUUGGAAGUUGGGCUGGUUCGAGAGAAUUAGCUACGUUUUGUUAGUGACUUUUUAUUGUUUUUCGAAGCACGCCUCUGUAUUGGCGUUUGAUAAUUCAAACAAUACGUUUGUCGAGAGAUCUCGAGUAGACUGCAGCCUGCGCAAAGAUAUAAUCACUUGUGGGAAAUACAAAGUUGCCAGGUGGCUUCAUGACAUUGUGAGGGAGAAGGAAUACAGCUAUGGUUCCCUGCGUAUUGUAAGAAUCCCAUCCAUAUCUGGACAACCGAUACUCCCAAAGUUACCACAGUCACGUGUGUUCAAAACCGAUGCGGUCGAGGCCUUGAACUUCGUCAGGGACUGCUUGGAGGAUCUGCUGACGAAACGAGCUUUGGUUUACACGGUUGACAACUCUGCCACUGGUAGGAGUUUUGGUAGCGCGCCUAUGAUCAUGGACGAGGAUGAACUUAUUCAAAUGCAGAGCAGAAAAUACCCUGCUGAUAACUGGAGACUUCUGAAGAAGAAAACCUCCAUAAUCCUUCCUCUUCUAAUCCUAUUAAACCUAUUGAAAGUGAAACUGUUGCUGCUACCCAUUUUCCUCGGUGUUCAUUUCAUCAAGAAGCUACUAGUGCUAGCAUCCAUCAUUGUUCCCUCGUUACUGGCGCGUCUGAAGAUUUGUAAAUUCGCGAAUUCACAUUACCAGGGUUACCCUUAUCACAUGUGGGGUACGGCCGCUGAUACACCCGUCGAUUAUCCAACAGCAUACGGACAAGAGGAGCCAUGGUCUCACAGAAGUGAUUACGUCUCAGUAAACUCUCCUUACAUGGGAUACCAGGGUUAUCGCAACCCCUAUGGAUGAAGUUAGGGAGCACGGAAAAACAUCACUGAUCUACUUCAACUUGCCAUUGCAUCGAAACUCAAACGGACGAAUUACGAUUGUGCACCUUCCGCUUUCUUCUCUUAGCAACUUUCGACUGUGUUCUCUACGCAUUUGCGGUUUUCUUCUUGCGACUCGCUAAUCCCCUUUCUUUAUUCCUAAACAUCCUAAUUAUGAGGCGACAAACUACAAACGAGUUAUAUUUAGCAAUGAUUAUCGAGUGCGUUCCUCGUCACGAAAUGACUUUCACACGCCAUGCUCGCUACCGUUACAAAAUUGGUAAUGAGCAUCGCCGUACAUAAACGUUGCAAUCACGAACACGCGUCUGAUGAUUUUCUUCUGCAAACUGCAGAAACUGUUCGCGAGUAUUGUUGCGUGGCACGCGAGCCUCCAACGUCGUCCGUGAAUAUUUGGGUACCGUAAUCUAAUAAAAUCGAAUUCGCGAACAACAACGCCUCGCGUGAUGUCAACGCUGAUCACUUCCGGGCUAAUAAUCGGAGGGCGGGGUUGAAGCGUGUGGCCUGCUCGAGAAUGUACAGACGCGUAGUUUGUAUAGUAGCGAGCGAUCGUCAGUGACCAGAUAGUAAAUAACUUUUGGUUAAAUAAAGUUACGAAUAAAGAAAUGAUUUAUUACUUCCUUUAAGAUAGGAUAAACUAGAUAGACUUCAUGUUUCAUACUGUUCCUUUAGCAUGUAAUAGUACGGGUUUGGAAAAAUCUAUCUGAAGGUUAGGAACUUCUUAUUCAUGCAGGAAUGGCCGUGCAUUGUUUAUUACCAUAGUUGUAAGGACAUGUCUCAGUAUGACAAUGACCUCUGAUUCCGGAGCAGUAAGCGUUCUACCAGAAGUUCACAUUCGCAGAUGCAGACUGAUUUCGCACGAUGUUUCUUUCCAGCAUAAAAUGACGUCGACCUUCUCUAGAAAUGUUUUCUCCGUUACGAUCAUCGCUACAUAUGUAAUAUCUAACGCUGGCUAAAAGUCAUUCGUGCAUUUCCAACGUUCUCCAAGAGAUAUACAUACGUAGUUGCCAUUACUCGUUGAAAUAGCAAAAAUACAUCCAAUUGUUUCACAAGCUCCUAAAUUUUCCUCUUCCAACCUUCUAGUGCGAAAUGGAGUCGGGCGAUGGUCGAUCAAUCGGUGCAGGUGAACGGCGAUGGUCAAGGUCAUUGGAAACUUAAAGGAGGCGCGGCGGUUCCCCGUACGAAUGACCUACUGACAGAUUUGGACGGCCGCUCCGGCGUGUGACGCGUGCUUCCGCACGCGCGUGUUGACCCAUGCACGCAUGCACGAUCGGGAAGACCGUUAUAGGGCCACAUACGAGUUCGAGGCGAAUGUGGCGCGGCUGUCUUCGCGUUCGACAAAUCCGCGGGCGAGUAUCGCGAUCGUUGCACGCGAUAGCAGUUAACCAUUCGCUGCAUUUAAUAACAAUAAUCCAAUCAAUACAUUGAAACAGUUGGGCCUGCGAUCAGUGCGAGAUAUAGCCGACACGCAGCUUGCACUCGCUGUAACUCGACCGUUACGUUACAACCGACAGGGAACGGAGUAUUAACAUAACGGCAUGCGCUAUGUGUACUCCCGAUGUUCGAUAUACCAUGGGUUGGUUCGAAUGGCGUUGAAUUAAUCGAUAAGCGAAUCGAUAAUCGAGAGGGUUGCGUUUGUUGUUGAUGUAGAUCGAAGCUACAGAAAGAGCGAACAGAGUUUUGGAGUAAUCGUAAUUUGGAGCGAGUAGGAAAAAAGAACAGAGUCUGAAGCAAUUAGAAGUUGGAAUGAAAAGUAAACGUAGAUUCGAGUGAAUCGAUAAGAACGAUAGAAUGUGAAAUAAGAAGCGUCAAGGUGAAUUCUGUAUUCAUUUCACGUAUAGAGAGUAAGAUAGUGAAAUCUCUGUUUGCGACAGAUAUUCAAUUCUAUUUCGAACGGAGAAUGUCAGGUUAUCUAGAAAUUCGCUUAACUUCGGUAUGUAAUAAAUCGAACAACUCGGCAAAAAAUUGGUAUUUAAGAUAAAUAAUAAGAUAUAAUAAUAAGAUUAAGACAAAGAUAAGGUAAAUUUGAUAUUUGAUAAGCAGGGUUUGUUGUUACGUGCACGUUUGCUUCGAUAUUAAUUCUCAAGAAUUUGUAAGAGAAUCUAAGGAAUCUGAGAAGCGUUUAACCUUAACGCAACGGUUCAAGAGGUCUUUCGUUUCGUUUUUAAGGAAACGAUUAUGGAAGAUUGAUGCGCGCAUGUAAAAGCUGCAUGGAGGAAUCUGAUCGAUACAGAGCAAAUGAUGGAGCACUUUCUAAAACCGGUUGACUUUUUCUCUUUUAUAAUACUUACAUUUUUCGAACUUUUUCUUACAAAAUUGGAUUAGUAGAUUUCGCUGCAGGUCCGAUAAGCAGACGUACAACAACGUAACGUACAAUUAGUCUAAAAUAUGGUCACAACAACAAUAUAAUUUUCUCUUGAGUUAUUUCGAAGUGGUACUUGCUAACACGUCGAUGUUCUACCUCUUUCAUUUCUUUCAAAAGUUAUUGAAUUAUUCAUCAAGACUUGUCAAAACUACGAAGCAGUUCAUUAAUAAUUUCUUAAGACGAUUUCUAGAAGGUUAAUAACCCGUCUCAAUUCCCAAUUCCACGGACGCGAGUAUCUAUGAAAUUUAUUUACUCUUGAACAGCAUUUAAGAUUUAGAUGGAUAAUAAAAAUUACUUUGAAUAACGAGAAGCGUUUAAACAAAAUUUAACUGAUUUAGUCUAUCGUUCUCUCUCUUUCU